AUGGCUGAUUCCCAGCGCCGUGCUCCUUUGCAACCUUCUGCGACACUCUAUCCUUCUACCAGCGAUACUCUUUCUCGUGGGGCGAAAGGACGUAUCGUAGCAUCCACGUCUGAUCCAGCCUACUUUAUCCCGUCAGCAGCUACGUUCCGACCACGGCCGUACCAACCUCAAAACGCAACACAUAGCUCGCAGUCAUCAUCUUGCGAGGUACCUGAAAAACCCUCUCACGCAUCGAUAUCUACCCGUAUUCAAUUGACCCGGCAACACAGUUUGAGUACAAGCGUUACGCCAAGUUUUGACCCUUUGCCUUCGGAUCCUGGUGUGGUCUUCCUCCAUCCUCCCUUCACCGAUUUUCCCGACGCGCACAAGUUCAAGGACGGCUUGACUUACAAUCUGAUGGCUGCGAAUCCUGAAUGGUUUCUCGACCCGGCAGAUUUUCUUUCAGCAAACAGCACAAAUCCUGAUGCUAUCCAGUAUCCUUCACAGUUGGAGCCUCCUCGAGGAUGGUGCCCCACUAAAAAGAAGGACCUGAAAGGCGGUACCUUCCCUGAAGGGGAAGAGCCUCGUCUUCGAUGUACUUUUUGUAGGCGAUGCUAUGCUGGGGUCAACGCCAAAAGCAUGUGGCGACGUCACGUUCUUGAGAAGCAUCUUGUCGCGAUGGCUAAUCGAAGAGAAACUGGUGAUCGUAAAGGUGGUCGCGGUUCAAAUAAGGAGAAUGGUGCAGAAAAAGGCAAUAUCCGGAACAAUGCUCGAGGUGGUCGACGUGCUUUCUCUGGAGAGCCGACCAAACAGGAACAUAUCCCAGAGGCCUGGAGGCUACCAUUGGUUCCAGGUGCACAGCUAGAAGAUGAGCCUGAGGACAAUAGCGAUGAAUUCGGCGGGCCUUUGCCCCAGAUUUCAAAUGACGGAACCGUAGGUCCUGAGUUGGAGAUGGACUUUUUCUCAGCCGUGGCGUCUUCCAGUACACCACCCCUGACGCCUGGGUUUACGCCUUCCAAGUCGACACUAUCUCACCAGAAUAUCCGCGAUGCUUUGGUUGAAUCACCCUAUGAUCCUCUGGUGACUCCGCUAGGGUUUCGUCACUCGCCGCGCAGGCUACCCUCUGACCAGCCGUGGCGAUUUCCAAGUCCGAGUCAUCCACUGCACUCGAAAGCUAGAGAGCUGUCGCUGUGCAUGCUCGUGCGGGGCGAGGCAAGCCCUGUAGUGAAUGGACUUGAAGUAAGUCCCGCAAUCUUCGUCUCAACGAGUGAACGAAGUGGGAAACGGAGCCUUUUUGGCAGCCCAUUCGAUCUAAGUUUCUCUGCCCCUUCACCUCGUCGCCUAUUUCACGAACCUCCUAAGCCGCUGCUCGACCGCGCGCCCUUCAAAGAGUUCAAAGUGCCAGAAUCUCCAUUCGAACGAUCAUCUCACAAACGAGCUUUGAGCAAUCUUUCUGACGCAUGGCCGUCCGAUCUAUCUCUAUCUCCUGUGAAGCUACCAGGCGAUGGAUCCGGGCUUCUUGAACCCAUCCGACUUCAAGGGGAGGAUCCUUUCACGGAUGGCCUGUACAAUUCUUGGCUAAACAUUGGCGAGAGUCCUCGCGGGAGGAUACCCCCGAAACCCAUCCUUGACGAAAGUCCCGUAAUCCGAAAAGGUCACCAACAAGUUGGUAUGGCAUCGGUCAAGACGAAGAAGAUUAGUUCAGGCUUGACGAACUUUGGUGCGGGUCUCAUGGAUGCAUUCCUGUCCGGAAAGGAUAUAUCUAAUACAGUCGAAUCAUCGGACGAUGAUGGUUCCGCGCUGAUUGGAGGCGGGCUCGAUGGCUCGCCCGUUAAAGCAGGAAAGAAAACGAGACGAGGAAGUUGGUUUAGAGAUGACGAUGGUGAUACUGAGAUGUCGGAAGUACAUCCUAGGAAACGCAGAAAGACCAUCGGAGGGCGUACCUGA